UAUAUGAGAAGUAACUUGCUCAAUGUCUAAGCAGAAAGGUGGGUUAAAAAUGAGGUCUAUGGCUCAUCAAAGGCCCCUGGGCUUGGAGCUGCAGAAAAGUGGAUCCCUCUCCUCAGACAAAACUCCUCCAAGCUGUCCCACGCGGAUCAGCCACAGCGGCUGGUGUGUAUUCGUCUCUAGAUGGGUCCGUGGGCUGGAGGGCUUUUCCGCUAACUACAGUGAAUCUGCUUCAACAAGAAUGGGUUUCCCCAUUCAAAACCACCUCCACCCGUGUCAAGGGUGCGCUCCAUUUAUCUGAGAGGUCAAGGUCAGCCCCUGGCUUACACAUCUUGGAGUCCCCUCCCCCACGCAGCAGGCGCAGGAUACACGGCGACGUACACGCUGUACGGUGUGACGGCGACAGGACGGUGUGACGUUAGGGAAGGCCAACGGCUGCCUAACGUCCCGUGCCCACCUCGCCCCGCCCCACUGUCCCCUGAAAGCCUGGCGCCAAUAACCCGCGAGACAUUUUUUGCCUGGGGUGCGCCUGUCUGAAAGGAAAGAGGAAAGGACGAGUAAAAACUUAUACUCGAACUCCUGAAUUUCUCUUUUCAAGGUUUAAGAGGAAAGCUGGUUCGUGGGAAUUGGAUGGGAGGCCACCAGGAAACCCAAGUUCCCGCGCCAGUUUCAGUUCUCUCCUCUUUCCGCCGCCUUUGCCCCGCCCACAUCAUUUUCGCUCCAGUUUUUGAAAACUCUGCAAAGCGGAAUGGUCAACAGGGGAAAAAGGAGGAGGGGCAAAAGCCGGGACUUUCAGACCAAGGCGCGGUCAAGCCCAGGCAGCUCUCCCUAACUCUCAAGCAUGGGGCAAACGCUGCCCGAUCACGCUCGCCUUAGAGGCCACGGCAUCACUGGGGUGACUGCGAGCCCCGGCCGUGGAGCCGCUGGGACGCGGCUUACCUCCCGGCUGUCGCUCCUGUGUGUGUUACCCUGCGCCAAUCACGUCCCUGAUGGGACCCUCAGUUUCGGCGUCUGUAAGGCGGGGAGGACGAUGCGUCCCCUCCCUCGCAGGAUUGAGGAUUUCCAGGUCCCAGAUGAAGAGAUAAUUCUACUUACUGGAUAGAGGAUGCAUUAGAUCUUCUUACCUUAAAAAAAAAAAGGCAGCAAUGAUCAAAAUACUAAUAAAUUACUUACAGACUCAGUUUAUUUUUUCUUGGAGUAAAAGUCCAGGAUGGGUAAUAGAAUACAUGCUCUUAGCUUUUGGAAAAAUUGAUACUGUAUAUAGCAAAAUAAUGUGAAACCCAUAUCCAUGGAUAUUCUUAACAAUUUGAAGAAAUCUUCACAGUUUUCCUGGGUUGUUGAGCCUCUAAGAUGGUCUUUUCCUCUGAUGUGAUAAUAAAGUGUUUAUUCUGUACUCUACAUGCAUAUAGUGUUUGGUCAAUAGACUUCUGUUACUCAUGAGUCAUUACAUUAGUCAACAAAUUUUGUAUGUUUGCCUUUCACGAUGAUGAUGAUGGUAAGAGCCCAUCUACAAAAGCUUAUUAAAUACUCAGGAUGUGC